AUGUUACGGCUAUUCUCCACUUACAACGUACUCGCAAAGAGUUUAGGCGAAGACCCAGACGAUCAGGAGCGGUUGCGAUUUGACCACUACGCGACAUUCGUCCAGAUCAUUUCUAGCGUCGACCGCGCUGAGGGUAUAAACUGGGAGAUCUUCUAUGCCCGUUACAACAGCUCGAAGUCCAUGUUUCCAAAUCUCUCUCGUUUAGGAUGCACAAUCCUAAGCCUCCCUUUCCCUAUCGUUUCCGCCCUCCUGCCGCCGACAUUGUGCAGUAUCGUUCUUAUUUCCGCCGAGGAUUCCGUCGUCAAGCAUCCCCUUCGGAACUUACUUGCUGCUCUGUCUACUUCGGUAUGCAAGAUAUCUGACCUGAGUUUCGACUAUUACGACAAUACAGAAGAACAGCUCACAUCUAUCCCGGCCCUCCAGUCGCUGCGCAGACUCACUGUGGAUGGACCAGUCAGCAUCGCCUUCUUGGCGGCUUUCCACGCAGAGAAUCUUACUUUCCUCUCCCUGAAGAUGCCUCUCGCGUCCGACUUCAACUACACUGUCUUCCAUGGACGGUUCCCCAACCUCGAUCGGCUGGUCGUCGAAACUAACCGAGGUGGAGCCAAUGGAAUGGCGCAAUUCGUACAAGCCGUGUACAGCCCCCGUCUUCGCAACCUCCACCUCCAAAUAAUAGAUUGGCUCGAUUGGCUCGAGUUCCGCGACCCAUCUGCCGUCGAAGAUACCUCAAAUAUUCACUCUACCCUCUCUACCUACAUCACCAAAGCCCUCUCCCUUUCCAACGACAGUCUCGAGCGCCUUCAUUUCACUUAUGGAUCGGACACCGACCAAACACCGUUCAACCUCCACUCCUGCUUCAUCAAGCUUGCCUUAUCCUUCCACCUCCUUACCGCGGUCCAAGUGGACGUCAAGUACACCAGCCUGCUCGUGGACGACACCUCCCUCGCAUCAAUGGCCACCUCCUGGCCACUGCUUCAGAGCCUACGGAUCAAGCAAGAACUCGAGGAGGACCUCGAACCUUUGGAUGCCUCCGACAUCGCGCCCACUCCCCAUGCGCUGCAGGCGUUCGCAGACCGAUGUCCAUCAUUGCAGGAGCUCGUCGUCCAUUGUCCUUUCCACACCACCACUCCCUCCGCAAUUGCCGCAAUGACACCACUCACACAGCCCACCGGACGUCCCGGCCACCUGCUCCGGCGCCUCGUGGUUGGACCUGGCGACGAAGAAUUUGACGAGCCCACGCGCCUGCGCCUGGCUCUGUUCGUCGAUGCGCUGUUCCCACAUCUCCAGGGUCUAGAGUCUCCUUUGCACGAUGAGUAUAUUCCCGUCGGCAACUUGUAUUCAUGGCCCUUCGGAGUGCAGGUCACCAACACGCUCGUCGCGAUGCAAACGGCCAGGCGGAAUGCUGCGCUGAGAGGCGCAGGAGGCACGGUCGACCUGUAG